AUGACUUUGUCCCCUCAUAUGUCCAUCUCUAGACCGUUUAUUACGGUUUCUCUCUUGGUCAAUAAAACCACUAUAACAACCAAAGCCCUGAUCGAUUCGGGUGCGGCAGACAACCUUAUGGAUGAGACCUUUGCCAAAACCGCAGCCCUGAAUUUGAUCCGAAAGGAGACACCCUUGGCCGUUGAGGCCAUAGAUGGUAGACCACUGGAGAAACCUCUGGUGACCCAUGAAACCCAGGAAAUAGUUAUGUCUGUGGGUGUUUUGCACAAGGAGAAGUUAACCUUCCAAAUAAUUGACUCCCCUACAGCCUCCAUCGUUCUGGGUUUUCCUGGUUAGUUAAACACAACCCUGUUCUUGAUUGGGGUUGUUUAGACAUACUCUCCUGGGGGGAAUCUUGUCAGCGAGACUGUGUGGCUCAUGUACGUCCUGUCUGUUUACUUAACGUACCCACGGCUAAACCACUCUCGGUUUCUGUGCCCUCUGUUUAUGCAGACCUUGCCUUGGUUUUUGAAAAGAGGGAGGCAGAUAAGCUACCUCCACACCGUGAGUAUGAUUGUGCCAUAAACCUCUUACCGGGCACUAUGCCUCCUAGGGGAAAGGUCUACCCUCUUUCUGAAAAAGAAAACCAAAUCAUGGAGGAGUACAUACAGGAAUCCCUAAGAAAAGGUUUUAUUAGAAGGUCCUCCUCUCCUGCUGGUGCUGGUUUCUUUUUUGUGGCUAAGAAGGAGGGUGAUUUGAGGCCAUGUAUAGACUACAGGGGUCUGAACAAUAUAACGGUUAAAAACGCCUACCCUAUCCCCCUCAUCACUGAGUUGUUUGAUCGUGUUAAAGGUUCUAAAUUUUUCACCAAAUUAGACCUCAGGGGGGCUUAUAACCUUGUCCGUAUAAAGGAGAAUGACGAGUGGAAGACAGCGUUCAACACACGCAGUGGGCAUUACGAAUAUCUGGUCAUGCCUUUUGGAUUGUGUAAUGCUCCUGCCGUGUUUCAGGACCUCAUAAAUGAUGUCCUUAGGGAUCUAUUGCAUGUCUGUGCUGUAGUGUACCUUGACGACAUACUUGUGUAUUCUCCUGAUUUGAAGUCACACCAUAACCAUGUUAGGAUGGUGCUCAAAAGACUAUUGCAGAAUGGACUCUACUGUAAGUUAGAAAAAUGUUUAUUCGAUCAGACGUCUGUGCAAUUCCUAGGAUAUAUCAUUACUGAACAGGGUUUCAGUAUGGAUCCUGCUAAAUUGGAAGCUAUAAUGUCCUGGCCACUUCCCCAAGGACUAAAGGCUAUCCAGCGUUUUAUAGGAUUUGCCAACUAUUAUAGGAAAUUUAUAAAAACUUUUCACCACUCAUAUCUCCCAUAACGAAGUUGACAAAAAAAGGUCUACAUCCUAGGGUUUGGACUCCUGAAGCCCUUAAGGCCUUCGAAACCCUCAAGAAGGCAUUUGCCUCUGCUCCAGUGCUGCACCACCCUGAUCCUUCUCUUCCCUUUGUUAUGGAAGUAGACGCCUCGGAGUCAGGUGUGGGAGCCGUACUGUCACAGAGGUUGUCUUAUGACAAACCCCUCCAUCCCUGUUGUUAUUUUUCUAAAAGGUUGUCUGAUUCAGAGAAGAAUUAUGAUGUUGGGAAUAGGGAACUAUUAGCUAUUGUGUUAGCUUUCAAGGAAUGGAGGUACUUAUUAGAGGGUUCUAGAUACAAAAUUAUGGUUAUAACAGAUCAUAAGAAUCUAUCCUAUAUUGCUGAUGCUAGAAGGUUAUCUGCCCGGCAGGCUAGAUGGUCUCUAUUUCUCUCACGCUUCCAAUAUGUUAUCACCUAUAGACCUGGUUGCCGUAAUGCCAAAGCUGACGCCAUCUCUCGGCAGCAUGAACCAGUAGAAUUUGUUAACCCGACUCCUGAACCUAUUGUACCUGAGUCUCAGAUAAUAGCUGCCACCCGUUUGGUUGUUUCUUCACCUUUCCUUAACAGUAUUAAGACAUACCAAACCCAGGCACCCCCUGAGACGCCAGUUGGUAAACUAUACGUUGAAGCUAAUGACAGAAAAAAGUUGUUAACUUUAUUUCACACAGCCAAAACUGCUGGUCAUCCGGGGGUUACCAAAACCUACAAAGGCCUCCUUCAACAGUUCUGGUGGCCUUCACUCAAGCGAGACGUAGUGGAUUUUGUUCAGGCUUGUCAGGUCUGCACGCAAUGUAAGUCCCUUAAUGUGAGACCCCAGGGUUUUCUGAUGCCUCUAUCUAUACCCAAGAAACCAUGGACCCACUUAUCCAUGGAUUUCAUUGUAGACCUGCCUCUUUCUGAUGGUCAGACGGUGAUACUGACUGUGACGGAUAGGUUCUCUAAAAUGGCGCACUUCAUUCCGCUUAAGAAACUGCCUUCUGCGGUUCAGUUAGCUCAGGUAUUUGCCAAAGAAGUGUUCCGAUUGCAUGGGGUACCCCAGGAUAUCGUAUCUGACAGGGGCCCUCAAUUUGUCUCUCGGUUCUGGAGGGGCUUUUGUGCUGAGAUGGGGGUAUCCUUGUCGUUUUCUUCCUCCUAUCACCCGCAAUCUAAUGGUGCGGCCGAACGUGCUAAUCAGUCUGUGGAAUUGUAUUUGCGCUGCUUCACUAAUGCGCACCAGGAUGACUGGUCUCGCCUUCUUCCGUGGGCUGAAUUUGCCAGGAAUACGGUGACUCAUUCGUCUACUGGCUUAAGUCCUUUUGAGGUUGCUUAUGGGUUUCGUCCUUCUGUCCUUCCCGGAGCGUUCUCCGACAAGGGAAUGCCCGCCUUGGACCAGCACCUCGCCUCUUUGCGGAAGACGUGGGAUCAAGUCCAUGUUGCGCUGUCUCGUUCAGCUGCUGCUCAGAAAAAGUUCGCUGAUCGCCGUAGGGUUGCGGCCCCUUCCUAUGUUCCGGGUGAUAGGGUAUGGUUGUCCUCCCGGAACCUCCGUCUCAAGGUUCCCUCGAUGAAAUUUGCCCCCAGGUUUCUUGGUCCCUUCAAGGUGUUACGUAGGGUUAAUCCCGUUUCCUACUCCCUUGAUUUGCCUCCUUCCAUGCGUGUCCCGAACACGUUUCACGUCUCGCUUUUGAAACCCUUGCUGUGUAACCGGUUCUCUCGUCCCCUCGGGCGGCCCGUUUCCCCUCGAGCUGUCUCUGACGACGUGUACGAGGUGGCUGCCCUUCUCGACUCUCGUGUUUCUAGGGGUCGGCUGCAAUAUUUGGUGGACUGGAAGGGGUACGGCCCUGAGGAGCAGUCCUGGGUUUCAAGCUCCGAUGUGCACGCUCCCUCUUUGGUCCGCUCCUUUCAUGCCCGCUUUCCUUUGAAGCCUUCCGCUUCCCACCCCCUGGGUGGUCUUCGAGGGGGGGGUAAUGUCAGGCUCCCGCGGACGGCUGCGAGGGGAGGCUGCACUCCGCUCGCAGUACUCACCCUCCAGCCGUCCGCGGUCCCCUCCGCCUCGUGGGUACGGCGAGCGGCAUCCUUCCAGCCUCGGAUGCCGCCCGCCGUUCCCUCCACGUCCCCCAGCGGCAGCAUGCAUGACGCUGCACGCUGGGAGACCGCCCAGGUUUAUACACGCCGGGGUCAGUCACCUGACCCGGCGUUAAACGCAAAGUGCCACAAUCACAGUGGGAGGUCUAAAUAUCUCCCACGUGUGAUUGUUAAUUCUGAUUGGAAAUCAUCCAAUCAGAAUUAACCUGAUGGUUUAAAUACUUACCUUUCCUGUUCCUCCUUGCCCUGUUGUGGUCUUUGCUUGCUAGUAUUGCUACUUACCUUGUGCUUCUGGUUACGUACUCUCUGGCUUGUUUAUCUGACUCUGUGACUUUCUCCUACCCUUUGACCUCGGCUCGUUUCACGUUAUUCUGUCUUCUGGUUCCCCUUUACUCGGCUUGUCUCCUGACUAUUCUGUGUGUGCUUAGCCCGGCCACUCUAAGGUCCGGUACGGCACCUUUUGUGUGUGUGUGUGUGUGCCAGCGUGUUGGGUUCCCCGAAUCGUGACACCUUAUACACAAAUACACACUGCUUCCACUACACACAAACACACUGCAUCACCUGCACAAACUGGUAUCCCUAUACACUACAUACCAUAAGCACACAUAUGAGUGAACUCAUGGGUGGGUGGAACAUAUAAGUGGACUUAUGAGUGGCCCUUGUGGGCAUACUCACCGUCAGGCCCUGGGGCCCAGACCUUGAGCUGUGUAAGGGGCCCCCCAAAAAAUGGCGCUGCUUCCAAUUCUCCCAGGACAUUGAAUUUUGUGACCACAGUUGCAAACAGCCUCCAGAGAUCCUGUUCUACACCAGACCAGUGGAGCCAAACUGCAGCCCAUCAUCAUCCUCAUUUGGUUGUAAGUAGGCAAUCUAGUAUAUUAUUAGUGACACUAAUCUAUAAUUUACAUUACAUUAAAGGGACACUAUAGUCCCCAGAACGACUGGAGCUUAAUGAAGUGGUUCUGGUGUCUAUAGCCGGCCCCUGCAGGCCUUUUAAUGUAAACACACACUGUGGGCAGCACUGGCGUUAGUUCGUAUGGCAGCUCAUAUAGGUGGGGCAUUGUGAUGUCACAUGGGGGGCGGCAAAUACAGCUGUUCCCCAUGCAGCCACAGGUGCCACUGUGCUGGGAGAUUGUGAUCACUCUUCACUUCCUCCCAGCUUACAGAGCAGCGCAUGGGAGAGAGAGAGGAGGAGGCAUGAUUUAAUCUUACAACAAAUCCAGUAAGCAAAUCUGUAUAAAUUUGGGUGGGAUCAGCUCUGUAUCCACAGUUUAUUGGUGUUUACUCUGAUGUCUGUAUUAAUAUUGAGGGAUUUCUAAGUAGUAACAUCAGUGUGUGUCAGCAGGGCCAGCUGUUGGGGUGUGCACGCUGUGCGGUCACGCAGGGUGCCAUCACAACAGAGACACCAGCCUAUUCAAUUUAAACGAUUUGCUGGUGGUCCACUGGUGCGCACCAGCAGUAGGUGCAGUCAGAUUAUAGCCUCUCCCUCGUGGUUCCGGCGCUCAGUUAGUGAGUCAGAGCACAGGCUCAGAGAUUCUCAGCCUGCGCUCUGACAACAUUGAAAGUCAGAGCCGUGAAGGAGUGGGUAUGGCAAAGAGCUACUGAUUAGCAUAACAUCAAUAUCUGUUAUAAAACCAGGAAAAGGUGGGCACCAUUGCACUGAUUUGGUGGUGCAAUGGGCCACUUGACUGGUUUUGCCCCCCAGGCCUAAGGCUGCCAGCCCUCCCCUGGGCAGAGAUCACUGUCAAAGUGAGUGUUUGUAAUACCCACUUUGACAGCAGCCAAUUGUGAGCGAUUGCGUGUCGCUCAAAUAACAUAAUUGGCUGUUACUAUCAGCCUUGCAUGCCUGGGAGAUAGUAACAAUGGGAUAUCAGCAGAAGCGAUCUCCGAUCACUCUCGCUGCUCGUUUUCUGUUAUGACAGUUCAGGACCGUCAUAGGUCCAAAAGGGAUGUUUCUGAUGAUGGUCCGGAACAGUCAUCGGUCCUGAAGGGGUUAAAGGAACAUUGCAGAUUGAAUAAGCUCUUUAUCUUGCUGGAGUGCUUCACAUGUCUGGUGUCUAGCACUAUUUUUACAGUUUAUAAAAGUUAUAACUUCAAUAAAAAUCUUCACUUUUGUAACUGGGACUUAGUGACAACAAGGUAGGUUUUCUCCUACCAGUCAAGUUAGGAAUAAGUAACCCAAAAUACAGUUAUUGAUAGUAAGCAAAAAUAAAUCCAUCACAAAUCCUUGGUACAAAGAACAUUCUCCUCGUUCUAGCAUUGGUACAGCGGGUUCAGAAGCAUGUGGCCAAAUGUAAGGCACACCUUUUCUGGCAUGCCUCCAUAACACCCUAUUGGUACUUAUAAUUACUUGUAAUAUAACUAUAACGUGUUCCAGCUACACCUACAGGGCUGUCUUGCAGCAUGGAACGUCUAUUGGUGCAUGGGAGACAUGACGCGAUCUGAGCUCAGAGGUCGAGGCCCGCCCCUAGUAUUCGCGAAUGCACGUGUUCGGGCGGCCUGGAGCAGUGAUGGAAUAGAGGUAUAUUGUGUAAAUACCCCCCUCCUAAGACACAUUCUCCAGAGUUGUAUUGUAGCUGGAUUUCCAGGAUGACAGAGAUGGUAUGUUUGAACCAAGCUGGGAGCAUGGACAUUGGAGGAUGGCUCCCAAAACCGUUCUUUUGGACCAUAUCCUUUUUUAGUAUUCUUUUUCACCAUUGACCUGGGCAGGACCUGGAGGAGGAGGUUUUUAAAUGGUAAAUCUGUCAGACAUAUAAGGUUUCAAUAAGGUGAAAUACAGGAUGGAUGUGCAGAGAGGAUGGCAAUCGUAGACGAACCGUUACAGGAGAGAGGACAGUCUCUAUUGGGUAUAGACACAGGAACUUUGGUCCGAGUUUCUUUCUUGGACAGGACAAUCGUAACUGUCUGGUGAACAACUAUACUUUUUGCCCCAUGUGAUUACCCACUGUGCAGAUCUACUUUUCUUGUCGGCAUAUCUUUUGUAUCUCUGUUGUGUUUCUUGUAGGAUAGUUUUCCCUUGGGUACAGAGGGUUCUGGAGCAUGUGAGUCAUCAGAGGAGGCAACAGACAUAGGACCAGAAGGAGGAGUAGCGGUGUAA